GCCAGACAGGAUGGACAAGAUAACGCGGUAUCUGGAUGAUACCCGAGCUAUAACUGCACCAACAACACCAUGUGGCCUCUCCAUUGGGAGUCCCAGUCAGAGAUUCUUCGAGAGUGACAAUGCCAGUGAAGUUGGCACUUGUAAUGGUUUCUCUUCCCAUCCUGGCAGCAAAUCCAAUCUUUUGUUGUGCAUUCAGUGCGACCUGGAGGCACGUGCCUGCUCCUACAGGCCUCAUACACCCUCCAGCAGAUUCGACAGGUAUAUCGAGGAGGAUCGAGCGAAGAUAUGCGACGAGUGCGAUUAUCAGUGCCCUCACUGCAACAUGAACACUCACGAUGAGCCCGAUCUCAUCUGCUUUCGAUGCGAGGAUGAGGAUCCCGUCCUCUGCUCCACGUGCGACGAGCCCAUCACCGAGGGCACUGAUUCCAAUGGAAAAGGUACCCUUGGAAACUCGUCGUCCAGUGACAAUGGGCAUUACCCUGUCGACGCUGUCGUAAAAAUUCAGGUCAAUGAUCAACUCCUUGACGUUGACUCCGAUGAUGGAACCGAGGGAAAUCGACAAGAAGGAAAGAGUGAGGAUCGCUUGUCACCGAUUGUUGAGCAUGUGUCGGCUUUCAGUGAUGAGGAGUCCAAUGGAUCAAAGGUCAAUGGACAGGCUAGAGGAGUUUUAGAUAGCAUGCUUGUUCUUUUUGUGUAAAUAUUUACGGCUGGCACAAAGAAAAAGGAGGAGAAAAGAUUUCAGACUUUUUUCAUCGAGAAACUCGAUAAUUUCUCCAGGAACUCCGGAGUUCCGUUAGAAAAAUCUUCCCCGGUAGAUUUUUCUAGAGUUCUGAAGGAAUUAUAUGGGAAAUUCUACCGGAGAUCUAUAGGAGUUCUGAUAAAAAAAACGCUAUAGGAGUUCCGGGAAAAUGCUAUAGGAGUUCCGUUAAAAUUUUAUUGGAUAUUGCAUAAAAAUCCCGAGGCU